CCCCAUUCCUGCUGCGCAUUGCGCUCCGACCUCCAACUCCGAGUGGGCGCCGACUCCGUCCAAAAAGAAAGAGGAGCGUCAGCUCAGGCGCCGCUGCCCUGCCUCUUCAAAAUCCCCUCCAGAUUUCGAGAUUUCCCUUCGAAUCCGGCCCCCGAUCUCGCGCCCGUGUCGCCCGCCAUGGACGCGGCGGCGCCCGCGCGCGCCGCGCGGCCCACGAGCCCGUCGCGGCCGCCCAAGGCGAUCCGCAGCACCAAGCCGCGGGGGCUCGACGAGGACACCGCCGCGCCGCCCGCGUUCCCCAAGUGCAAGUCCCCCUCCGGCGCCGCCGCGGGCGGCGGCGCAGGCGCCGGUGCCGCGGGCUCGCUGCUCCACCACCACGCGGACGUCCCGAUGGACGCCAGCGUCUGGGCGGGGCUCCCCGACGACCUCCUCCUCGAGGUGCUCGCCCGCGUGCCGCCCUUCCUCCUCUUCCGCCUCCGCCCCGUCUCCCGCCGAUGGGAGGCCAUCCUCCACGACCCGGCCUUCCUCGCAGCGCACGCCACGGUGCCCUCCCACGGCCCCUGCCUCCUCACCUUCUCUAGGGGCGGCGGCUCCCACUCCCUGCCCCACUGCAGCGUGCUCAGCAUCCCCCUGCACGCCCGCUACAAGCUCCCCUUCGGCUUCCUCCCGCCCUGGGACCUCUGGCUUGUCGGAUCCUCGGGAGGGCUCGUCUGCUUCUCCGGCUUCGAUGGCGCUACUUUCCGCACGGUCGUCUGCAACCCGCUCACACAGGCCUGGCGAGUGCUCCCGGACAUGCAUUGCAACCAGCAGCGGCAGCUUGUGCUCACUGUCGACAAGAGCCGCCGGUCGUUCAAGGUAAUCGCAGCUAGUGAUGUGUACGGGGACAAGAUGCUCCCCACUGAGGUCUAUGACUCCAAGGAGGAUAAAUGGUCGGUGCACCAGAUGAUGCCUGCAGUGAACCUGUGCUCAUCAAAGAUGGCAUUCUGUGACUCUAGGUUGUACCUGGAGACGCUCUCGCCGCUGGGAUUGAUGAUGUAUAGAGUGGAUGCGGGGCGUUGGGAACAUAUACCUGCCAAGUUCCCACGGUCCCUGCUGGAUGGUUAUCUGGUGGCUGGAGCUCGCACAAGGUUGUUCUUGGUUGGGCGCAUUGGGCUAUACAGCACAAUUCAGAGUAUGAGGAUCUGGGAGCUGGAUCAUGGUAGAACAGUUUGGGUGGAGAUAAGCAGAAUGCCGCCCAGGUACUUUAGGGCUCUGCUCAGGUUGUCAGCUGAGAGGUUCGAGUGCUUUGGGCAGGACAACUUGAUAUGUUUCACAUCAUGGAAUCAGGGCAAAGGUCUUCUGUAUGAUGUUGAUAAGAAGGCUUGGUCAUGGAUUGCUGGUUGUGCUAGCCAGCUGUGCAAUAGCCAGGUUUGCUUUUACGAGCCAAGGUUUGACGCAUCAAUACAUUGAGUAUAGUAAUAUGAAUUGCAUUGUCGUUUGAGAUCCAAUGCUUCUGGGGCUCAACUGAGAUGCCUGUGAGAUGUCCUAUUGAAUCAUGGGCGUCAGGUGCUGAGAUGAAUAGUGCUCUUAUUUGAGACACUACCAGUAGUGGACUUGAGCAACCAAUCUUUGCAAAUCAUGCCACUGAAGAUUCUUUACUACAGCAGUUAUGCCAUCUGGCAGUUCUGGAUUACAUCAUACAGAAUGUCCACAAAUGGAGGUCCGCUUGUUCCAUUCCUUUUUGUUAGCAAUGAGUUUCUUGUAAAAGAUUCCGUACCUGAAAUGAAAAAAAGAGACAUGCAGUUCUUUGUUAGUACAAUUUCAAAGGAUACUGUGGCCUUAAUCUAAAGUUCAGUUGGAUCUGAGAUGACGUUUCUCCACUCAAUUGGUUUGUGCAUUGUUUCUUAUGAUUAUAUGAUAUCUGUAUGCUGCCAUUCGAAUACCAUCAAAUUGUAUCUGUUUCCAAUGUUGUCCAA